UUUCCGGGUGAGAUGUGCACGUGGGGUGCAGUGGUGAAAACAGUAUCUCAAAUUAGGGUUGUAAAGAAUGGAAAACUAAACAUCGUAGUCUCAUUGUACUAUCAAGAAAGGAGAAAUAAACACAACAUAAUUUGCCGUGCAACCUACAUCAAAACAACGAAGGUUAUAUUCAACACUCGAGCCGGAAACAUCACGCCUGAAUUCCGUUGGAAUCGUCGGCAGUACCACACGGUAAUGCAAUCGGGGAACAUGGAACCGGGUGAGAAUUUAAAUGAAAGUAAAGAUCUAACGACUACUACUGUCGAUAAAAAUGGAGUGACGGAAAAGGGCGAAAAACGCAAAAGUGAAGAAACUGAAGGACUUGACAAACAUAAUGGCAAGAAAAGAAGAAGGGGAGGCAAAAAGCUUCGUCCAGGUGAAAGGUAUGUGCCUCCCCCACAAAAACGAAACCCCGGUGUGAGUUUCAGCCAGGAGCAUUUUCAAGAGACAUCCUACUAUUUUGAGGGUGGUCUCCGAAAAGUAUAUCCGUAUUACUUUGACUACAAGACUUACUGUAAGGGCCGCUGGAUUGGAAAAAGUCUCCGCGAGGUUUUCAGAACCGAAUUCAGAGCAGAGCCUUUUGACUAUUAUGAACAGGCAGUCCAGUUAGGACGAAUCCGACUGAACGAGACGCCAGUCGACAAUCUGGAUAUAACUUUAAAGAACAAUGACUUCUUGAGGAACACAGUUCACCGUCAUGAACCACCAGUAAGAGGCUGUCCCUUGGAGAUUCUGGAGGACAAUGGGGAAGUGGUUGUGGUGGACAAGCCUGCCUCACUGCCAGUUCAUCCAUGUGGCCGGUUCCGUCACAACACGGUUAUCUUCAUCCUGGGGAAAGAGCGAGGAUUGUGUGGUCUUCACACUGUCCACAGGCUUGACCGCCUGACCUCCGGCGUGCUGCUCUUCGCUCGCACCCUGGAUGUGUCGAAGAGGCUAGACCAGCUCGUCCGUGACAGACAGCUGGAGAAAGAGUAUUUAUGCCGUGUGGAGGGUAAGUUUCCAGACGGUGAGCUUGUCUGUGAGGAGCCCAUCCUGGUGGUCUCCUUCAAGGUGGGUGUGUGUCGUGUAGACCCCAAGGGAAAACCCUGCCGUACAGUCUUCCAGAGGCUCAGCUGGAACGGUCACUCCAGUGUGGUGCGCUGCCUCCCGCUCACUGGCCGCACACACCAGAUUCGUGUCCACCUGCAGUUCCUGGGCUACCCCAUUCUGAAUGACCCCAUUUAUGGAUCCUCAGCCUGGGGCCCAACCCGGGCUAAGGGGGGAGUAGUGAGUCUGAGUGAUGAGCAGCUUCUCCAGGCGCUGAUAGAGGAGCAUCGCUCAAAGGAGAGCCUGCACCUCCUGGAUCUCCCUGAAGAUAGUCUGGCUCAGGGAAGUGGCCACAAUGCUGGUGAAGGAUCAACUAUGUCAGCCUCUGAGCAGAGUGGAAGUGCUCAUUGUGCAGAGGUAGAGUCGGUAAACUCCCUUAAUGUUCCUGAGGCCAAGUCCCAUGUGUUGCACAUCUCUGUGAAUCCUGAACCCAAUCCAAAGUAUCCUGAACCGAAUACCGGUAAUGGCAGAAAGGAGGUUGUUUUUGCUACACCCAGGCUGCCUGCAUGUGACUUAGGCAGCAGAGAUGCAGUCUUUAUGCAGACUGGCACAAAUAAGUCCAAAAAGGAAGUGGUAGAUAGAAACACAGACUCUAUACAGACUCAGUCACAAUCCCACAACAUUUCCAGUAGGGCAGUGUUUUCCAGUCAGGUCAAAGAUCCUUUAUGCACAGAUUGUAAGAUAGUGAGACCAGAUCCUACAGCAGAGGAGUUGGUCAUGUACCUCCAUGCACUGCGUUACAAAGGGCCAGAAUUUGAAUACUGUUCUAGGAUUCCAGAGUGGGCAAGAGAGGAUUGGAAGGAGGGCUAGACUAGUGCACCAUCUUAUAAUCACUUUACUGCAGUUGUAUCCCAGACAAUUCUAAGGGAAAUGGUCAGCAUUUAGUCACAUCAUGCCCUGUCUCUGAACAAGAAUGGUGGUGUUUUUAGUUUUAUUUUUCUUAACACAUAUUUUAUGUUUUUGCCACUUUCCUUUAUUUUCUUUAGUGUGACUCCUUGUAUGAUCCUGUUUUUAUUUAAUGAGACAUUUGCUUAAAAUAAAUGAGUUUGAAUCUC